AUGGUUCAGACCCAAGUUACCGCCUCCUUUGACGCAUGCGCACUCGACCUAUAAGCUGCGUGGUGUAUCCUGGGAUAUCAACAUGUCGCGACGUUACGAUACAAGAACAACCAUCUUCUCUCCAGAAGGCCGCCUGUACCAGGUGGAAUAUGCCAUGGAGGCCAUAGGUCACGCCGGCACCUGUCUGGGCAUCCUGGCGAACGACGGGAUCGUGCUGGCUGCCGAGCGCAGGAACACGCACAAGCUACUGGACGAGGUCUUCUUCUCGGAGAAGAUUUAUAAACUCCACGAUGACAUGGCCUGCAGUGUGGCAGGGAUCACAUCUGAUGCAAACGUCCUCACAAACGAGCUUCGUCUCAUAGCUCAGAGGUACAUUCUACAGUACCAGGAACCAAUUCCCUGUGAACAGCUGGUCAGCAGUCUGUGUGACAUCAAGCAGGCUUACACACAGUGGGGAGGCAAGCGUCCCUUUGGUGUGUCCAUCCUGUAUAUCGGCUGGGACAAGCACUAUGGCUUCCAGCUGUACCAGUCUGACCCCAGUGGGAACUACGGAGGCUGGAAGGCUACGUGUAUAGGCAACAACAGUGCAGCUGCUGUAUCCAUGCUGAAGCAAGAAUACAAGAUCGAUGAGAUGACCAUGCAGGACGCCCUUCAGCUGGCCAUCAAGGUCGUCAGCAAGACACUAGACGUCUCCAAACUCACACCUGAGAAAGUGGAGUUAGCGACGUUGACCAGAGAGAACAACAAAACCAAAGUGCAGGUGCUGCCGAGCAAACAGGUGGAGGAACUCAUCAAGAAACACGAGGAGGAGCUGGCAGCAGCAGAGCAGGAGAAGAAGGAAAAGGAGAAGCAAGAAAAGGGGUCAUCAUAGUUACCAUAACCAUUGUCAUAGUUAUGUCCUUAUCACACGGUCUUAAAGACACUGUUUUCACUUUGUAAGUAGAGUUUCUUGAGAACAUCUUGAUAAAAUUAACGUAACCGGUAGUCUAAAGGCUAUGCGCACAUUUCUCUUAUUUUGUCAGACUUUGUAAGAGAGGUCCAGUGAACUUGAAGUGUACAAAACUCCAUGUAACUUUCAACACAAGAAGUCUGUCCAAGAGACAAACUUAUUGUUCACCUUCAUAUACAAGUAGUAUGUAAUGUACAACAAAUUGGUCCAUAUUUCAUCCAUUUAACAUUUAUUUUUGCUAUAUUUUCUGUUGUUGACCUCUCACUUUCUGCCUGAUGAAGUGUUAGUUACUUCUGUUGCAACAUACAAGACGGUGUAUUGAGAAAUGCUAGUUCAACUGGUUAGAAUCCUACAUGUAAUACAAUGUACAUGUAAGCCUUUUGCAUACACAAAAUAAGUAUUAUAACACCCUUCAGUAACAUUUAGAGUUAUUUACCUAGCAAACCAUUUUUUCUGAAAUUCUAAUCUCCUUAAUAAAGAUGAUG